AUGACCGACACAUCGACAUUGUUACCACAGUUGUAUAGUAAAGACCCGAAUCAACUCUUCCGUGCGUUACAUGAGAUAGAGAGUACGAUAUCUACGACAUGGGCGGAGAUUACAGAAGAGCUUCCUCGUUUAGUUGAGAUAAGUGAGACGAGUGAUUCUCAGUUGCAGUCCAUAGCCAACUUUGUAGUGAGCAAAGCAUAUUUCUAUAUAGGGGAGUAUGACUCCGCAGUGACAUAUGCGUUGCGCUCGGGGGAGUACUUCCACUUUACUGGGAACACGGAUUAUGCUAACAAGAUGAUAACGCACUCCAUUGAGAUGUACAUCACCUUGAAGCACACGAGGAAGUCAAUUCCGAAUGAAUUAGAGAGUGUCAUCAACACCUUCUUUGAAGAGGGGAUCGCUGCGAAUGAGUUAUACAUCACAAUAGGAAUAGCUCUCGACGCGCAACGGGUCGAUGUCAUUAAAAGAGUCUUAGAAGUCGCGAGCGACAAAGAAAGUCUGUUGAAGUAUUUGCGGCGGAUCAUGUCGGACUUAGAAGUGAAUAACACGAUGAAAGGGAGUUUAAUGGAAGUCAUGUCUGAUUGUCUUUUAUCUCAGAAUCAAGUCGAUUUACAGUCAAUCAGUGAGUUUUGGAUGAAGACAAAUGACUCCGAUGGCUUCAUGACGAUGUUCAACAAAUUGAAUGAAGAAAUGAAGAUGCAAGUCCUUCUCGACUACGACGGGAUCCCACAGAAGUUUAGGAGCGAGUUAAUUAAGAAACUCCCCGCAGCGUAUACUCCUUAUAUUGACGGUAAAAUACAAGAGAAGUUGUACUUGAACUUCUUGUUCUCGCAGGACAAGACCGACAAUUUGCUGUUGAACAACAUCAAGUCGGCGACGUGUAUAAAAAACAGUAUGAUACAAAUGGCGGUGUUGUAUGCGAAUGCGUUCAUGCACUACGGAACUACAAACAUCAUGUUUUUGAAGGACAACAACGAGUGGAUUGUCAACGCGUCGAAUUGGGCGAAAUUUGCGACGACGGCGACGCUUGGAGUGUUGUUUAAAGGGCGCCAGAGUGAAGCAUUAGAGUUGAUGAGUCCGUAUACCGCGAAUGGGAAUGGUGGGAAGAGUGUUUAUGCACAGGCUGGACGUUUAUAUGCACUUGGAUUGAUCUUUGGAGGACAUGGGACGCAGAUUAUGCCGACAUUAAUCGACGAUUUGAAGCAAUCGAAGAACUUAAAGAAUGAAGUAGUUGAGCAUGGAGCGUGUUUAGGUGUUGGAUUAGCUGGGAUAGCUACUGAGGAUUUUGAGAUCUAUGAAGAGAUGAAAGAAGUGUUAAUGAACAAUGACAGUGCUGUAGCAGGGAUGAGUGCUGGACUUGGACUUGGGAUGAUAAUGAUGGGGUCUGGGAAUUUAGAAGUAGCUGAAGAGUUAGUAGUUCAUUGUCGAGAGACUGAGCAUGAUAAGAUCAUACGAGGGACUGGAGUCGGUGUAGGAUUAGUUAUGUUUGGGACACAAGAAAAGGCUGAUGGGAUAAUAGAGAUGAUGUUAAAUGAUUCGAAUCAUGUGAUGCGAUAUGGAGGAGUGUAUACGUGUGCAUUAGCGUAUUGUGGGACUGCGAGUGAAAAGGCGAUUAAUAAACUUCUUCAUUUUGCGGUGACUGAUCGAAAUGAUGAAGUCAAACGUGCAGCGGUGUUGUGUCUUGGCUUUGUGUUACUGAAAAAAGUUGAUGAACUUUGUAAGACGAUAUUAUUGUUAAUAGAUAGUUAUAAUCCACAUGUGAGAUAUGGAGCAGCUUUAGCGUUAGGGAUAGCUGGGUGUGGAUCAAACAAUUCGCAAAUCAUCAGUUUACUUGAGCCGUUAUUAAAAGACCCGAGUGAUUUUGUGAAGCAAGGUGCUUGUAUAGCGAUGGGAAUGGUAUAUCUCCAGACGUCAUUGAAAGAGAAUGGGAAGGUGGAUGACUUUGUGAAGAAUUUGCAGACGAAAAUCAAUUCGAAGAGUGAAGGCAUUUUAACGCAAUUUGGUGCGAUAGUUGGGCUUGGCGUAUUAAAUGCUGGAGGGAGGAAUUGUACGAUAUCGAUGUAUAACACGUUGGGUACAUUUAAUAUGAAAGCGGUGGCUGGGUUAGUGUUAUUCAAUCAGUAUUGGUAUUGGUACCCAUUCACUUUGGCCCUCAGCUUGUCGUUUGCGCCAACAACGAUUAUUGGAGUGACGCCGGACUUGAAAUAUGUCUCGACAUAUGAAUACAUCUCCAAUGCGCCAUCGUCGACGUAUGACUACCUCCCAAUGACAAAGCCCCCUGUCAAGACUGGCCAUGCUAAAAUGAAUCAAACGGUUCUUUCUUAUGCAAAGAAAACUCCACAAACACAAAUGAAUUUGUCGUCGAGUUUAUUAGUCUCCGACCGCAUGAAGAAUCAAAUUGUCGCAGAGACGCAAAUGGAAGAAGUCAAAGUCGAGGAGAAGCCAUUUUUGAAGCUUGUGAAUGGCAGUCGUGUAACGCCACGACAAUUCAGUGUGAUCCAAGAAGUCGAAGGAAGUCGUUAUGUCCCAGUAAAGAAGUUUGCGCGUGGAGUUUUGAUAUUAAAAGACACACAACCGACUAUCCCAAUGGAUGAAGAAGGCAUCAUUAAAGACCAAAAAGUCGAGGAAGACCAAAAGGGAGAUA